ACGGCCGUGAGCCGAGGUCCUUGCGCAGGCAAUACUUCUGCUCAGGUCACCACUAGAAAAAAUGUGGCAUUUGAAGGUAUAAUGCAUAAGGUGCUUUGGUGUCCUGAGAGAAAAAGGUUUAGAGAGACAUGGAGCUUGAAAGAAUCAUUCGAGACACACUGACACACUUCAUCCAGUCCCACAUCCCUGCAGCAGACCUCAGUGGGAUGGAUGAUGUUUUCUUCUCUUAUAUCACGGGAGUCCUGGAAGAGCUGGGCUCACCAGAGUCCUCAGAGGAGACUUUUGACAUGGACACCUUUGUGGAAAUGAUGGAGGCAUAUAUCCCUGGUUUUGCAGAAAUCCACAGUGGUGAUGUUUGUGAAAUGAUGUUCUCCCUCUCAGAAAGGCUUGGUGAAGCUCGCAACAAAGAAAAACCUGGCCAAAAGGCUGUGGAAAGCAGGAGUGAAGCACCCUCUGAAGACCUGACCAAGGGCCAGGAGCCUGGAGCUGGAACCUGCAACGGGGAAGGGCUGUGCACUUCAACAGACGGAGCCGGGGCCCAGGAAGGCGAUGACUUGAAGGACGGGGUGGAGCUGCUACUGGAGAUGUUCCCGGCCUGUACUGUGAGCCAGGCAGAGAAGGCACUCGCCAUGGCCUUGGGAAACUUGGAGGAGGCAGUGCAGUUAAUUGUGGAGGAGAAGGUGGAAAUUGGCCCAGCAGGUGCGAGCGUGAAGGAACUGGCACGGCCCCGCAGAGCACCCAACCAUGAGGAACUAAAACAGGUUAUCCUACAGAAAUACAUGAUGGUGGAUAGUGCAGACGAUCAGAAGACACAUCGGCCAGCUCCACCCAAAGAGGCUCCCAAGAAGUUGAUCCGCUAUAUCGAUAACCAAGUGGUGAGUACAAAGGGAGAGAGGUACAAAGACAUCAAGAAGCCUGAGAGCGAGGAGAUGAAGAGAACCUACAUCAGCCUCAAACCAGCCAGGAAGUACAAGUUCCACUGA